UUCUAUAAAUAGCCUAUACAUACGGUUUACGAUCGCAUGCUUUCCAAACAAAUGAAACAUUUAAACAUGAAUGAAAAUAUCGAUAAAGAUCUCCCAGAAGCUUUUUCUGUGUUGAGGGAAAUAAAGAAAAGUAGCGGAGAAUGCCUCCUACUUGUGCGUGGACUAAUAGGAAAGAUUAAAUCCAAUGGCAUUUCGGAUGGCUCAUCUCACCUGCAGGGUAUAAGUUUUCUGGACCUUAAAAACCAACUAAUGGCCAGUUACAUGGCCAACCUUGGUUUGCUUAUGGACAAAAAGACAAGUGGAAAAAGUGUGCAGCAUGACCCAAGCAUAGACAGGCUUAUUGAGAUCAGAACUGUGUUGGAGAAAAUGCGUCCAAUUGAACAUAAAUUAAAAUACCAAAUCAAUAAAGUUAUCACAGCAUACAAAGAGUGUAAAUUGGAUCCAUCAGACCCUAGGAAGUUCAGGCCUAAUUUUGGAGCAUUUACUAACAUGCCGGAGGAGGCUGACAGUGAUGCAGCCGAGGAGCAGGAAAAGGUAGAGAAGCCAAAGCUUUAUGUUGCACCCAAAAUGGCACCUGUUCAUUACUCUGAUGAUGAAACAAUGGAGGAGAGGGAGAAGAAAAUGGUUGAGAAAAAAACAAAGCGAGCUUUGAGCUCGGCCAUGAUUCGUGAGAUGAGGGAACAGUACACAGAUGCACCCAUAGAGAUUGUUGAAUCGCAUGAUCUUCACAGAAUUUUGGAGAAUCGUAAAAUGAAAGAAAAAACAGAAUAUGAAGAAGAUAAUUUUGUCAGGCUUACAGUGUCGAAGAAAGAAAUGGCUGGAAGAAGAAAGUUGGGUACCAUGUCUGCACUCGGAGCGUUGGCUGACUUUGAUGACUUUGGAGAGGGAGAAACUAUGGAUGGUUCAUCUAAGAAAAAGCGAAAGAUAUCUCAGAAGAAACACAAAGGAAAGAAAGGUAACAACAAAAGGAGGAGGAGAUAAGAAAAAUAAAAUUGUUCGAUCUUUUCAGCCCAAGUCUUUGUUGGCUUUAUUAUUGUGUUGUCCAAAUAGUACAUUAAUAAAUUAAAGA